UUUGGACCUUGAUGCACCAGUUUAUCCCUUCUCAAAACUUCCCUCUUCUGCCAUGGCUCCUUGUGGCGCUCGGGCGCGGGGCCGCUCCCUGUGCUCAACUGCGCAAUGCGGGCACAGCACCAUGCGGUGCUUACCGCCAUGCUGCGGCGGGCACAGUGGCAAGAGGCUCUCCAGGUCCUGGGCCAGAUGUCCGAGGAUCAGAUCCGGCCCAACGUGGUGUCCUACAAUUGUGCCAGCAGCGCGUGUGCGAAGAAGAGCCGCUGGCAGCAGUCGUGGCAGCUGCUCAGAGAGAUGGAGACGAAAAAGGUUUGGCCAGAUGCCAAGAGCUUUGGCGCCUGUGCGAGCGCAGCCGAGAAGAGUCAUCGGUGGACGUUGGCCUUGCAACUGCUUAGGGAGCAGGAGCGGCUCCAAGUGCGGUUGGGACAGCACGUGGCCUCUGCGGUCAUCAGCAGCUGUGGGCAUGCUGGAAGGUGGCAACAUUCCGUAUUUGUUUUCCAUCAGCUGCAACGCACAGGUGUUACACCCAAUCGCCACGUCCUUUGCUCCGUGGUCACCGCCCUGGGCGCGGCGAAGCGCUGGCGCGCUGCGCUGGCCACGCUGGCGGCCGAACUGGGCGAGGAUGUCCACGCUCUCUUCAGCGCAGCAGUGGCAGCAAGCCCUGGAGCAGCUCCUUCGCCCGGAAGCGGCUUCUCCACGGGUCGUUCCCGCGCCUCUGGUCACCUCCUUCCUUCGUGGCAUGGGCUUGGCCUCCCAGUGGCUGUUGGCCCUGGUGAUCUUCCACCAGCUGCGUGUUCCGCUGCGGACGAGGCCAGACACGCCGACCAUGAACGCUGCCAUGGGCUGUGCGGCAGCUGGACAGGCUUGGAAAGUGGCCCUAGCCAUCCUGAAGGACAUGAAGAAGCAGGACUCCACGAAGCCCAAUGUGGCCAGCUUCAACGCUGCUGUCUUAGCAGCAGCCGUGGCCAGCCAAUGGCAGGUGGCCUUAGCCAUGCUGCCAGCCAUGCGAGAUCAUCAUCUUCAGCCCGACACUGUCACCUUCAAUACCUUGAUCCAUGCAUUAGAACGUGCCGGCGAAUGGCGCCGAUGCCUCCUAUUGCUGAACUGCAGCAUGGGACUGGAAGCCCGGAACACGGCCGCAAGUGCCUGCGGCAAGUCCACCGAAUGGCAGCGAUCCUUAGCCCUGCUGCCGGGCGGCGGGCCAACAGAGGUGAGCGUCAACGUUUGCAUGAACGCUUGCUUGCACGGCUCCAAGUGGGUGGCUCGUCCCUUCCCAGCUGCCAGCGGAACUCUUCAGUCUAGAGGCGAUGGCGUUGCAGCUCCCAGGCCGAAGCCUCUUCGCGCUUCACGAUCGUCUCGGCGCCCUCGAGCGCGGCGGGGCGUGGCGCGGCGCGGCGGCGGGCGCGGUCUCGUUGCGCCGAGCGGCGCGGACGGCGCUGCUGCGGGCGGAGAGGCUGGAAGGCCAGCCGAUGGUGACGGCCUUGCGAGGUCUACCUGCAUUGGGAGCGCAGGUGCAACCAUCCUGAAGCGGGGGAUGAUGCCAUGUUAAGGAGCUGCACCUGUUGCGGCGCCGCGAGCAUGCGCCGCUGCUGUCGGUGCUACACGAAGAACGCCCGCAGGCGACCACCUCCUACCUGAUGGCCGGAGACAGCAUUGGGUCCGCCUGGAUGGCGCGACAGCUGAUGGCAGAGCUGGGCGGUUUGCCGC